ACAGGUAAAUUUUAGCAGCGACACCGUCAAUGUACAUAUUUCUAAUAAGUUCAGCCAAUUUAGUAAAUUUCAUUAUGUGACAUGUUUGUGGAUAAGAUAAAAGUGAGCUACAUGUUUCUAGGUCAGUAGUUCAUCGGCUUCGUGAUUAUAUACUUCAUUUCACCCGCAAACUACAUCGUUAAUUGGUUGUUCCCUAAUUAACAAGAGCAGGCCUAAACGAAGUUUUUAAUCAGCCACGUAUGAACGAAUAGCUUUCCUCGUCUUUCUUCACUUUUUAGUCGACUUUCAAAUAGAAAACUGUAAUAAUUAUUUGGAUGACGGUAACGGAAGCCACUGGCUCGCUUUUCCUCCAACCCAUAAUGAACAACCUCAUUUAUUAGGACUACAAAUGGACUCGGCUUACUCCGAAUUACAGAAAUCAAUAAGAAAAUACUUCGAAACAGAAAAUGUUGUGUUUAAAGGAAGUUCCACUCUUCAUACUGAAAUACCAAAUAUGAGAAGACUGAUGACAUGGAAAUGUCUGAAUUAUGAAUGUGACGGGACAUGCUGCACCAUUCCUGAAUUUCAAGUUAUGAACACUGGUGACAUUUCCACUCUUUGGAUACGAAACGUAAUAAAGGAACCUUCAUCUUGGACAUUUUAUGAUAACAAACUCAAUAUUGCAAAAAUCGAUUUGAAGAUAAACAAUAAAAACCACAACAAACGAUCUUGAAACUAAUGCAACAGGAGCCAGCAGCCUACAAAUCCAUAUCAUACUCGUCUUCGGCAUACUUGGCGUUGCUUUGGUGAUUUUGAUGUCUAAAUUUACAAGUUUCAUAAGAAAUCCAAGAAACAAUGACAGACAUCAGCUCACUGGGUUUCUUUUACUUUUCUUAAAGGAGAAAACAUUGUUUUUAAUUUCAUUUCGAUUUUGGUCAGCCCUGUUAUAGACUUUCACUGAUUGAAUUAUCAUAGAUGGUUUUUUGCACAUUCAUACUCUCACACACCUAUACAUUAAUAUACAAAUAUAUAUAUAUAUAUAUACUUACAUAAAAAUACAUAACCAAUUCGUGAAAGCAAAAUAAGAUGUUUGUAUGUAUGUAUGUAUAUAUAU